AUGAGCCUUGUGUACAGCACCGCCAAUGGAGGCAAACGUAAUUCAUUAUACAUUGGAGGUCGAAGUGAUGCGAAAUCGUUGGAGAAAUUAGAACGAUAUGGCAUCAGUCACAUUUUAAAUGUAACGCCGGGUAAAGAAGCUUCUAUUCAAGCGGGAGUGCCCAACUUUUUCGAGAAGAAGAAUCUGUUUCGGUACCGACGAGUUGCAGUCUAUGAUGCUCCCACGAGUGCACCUCAGCUCUUGGAGGCGGCCGAUUCAGUGGUCAAGUUCAUUUCCAAUGGUCUUCAUCAUGGAAGCGUACUAGUGCACUGUCAACAUGGCGUUUCUAGAUCAACGACCUGUGCAUUAUUUUAUCUAGUACGCGCUGUUUCUACACGACAAAUACAAAUACGACAAUUUGCAAAUGAAUUCUUGGCUCGUCGCAGACCACAAGCGCAACCGAUCCCCGCCUUUAUGAAGAUAUUAGAGCAGUACGCGAAGGUGCAUGGAGCUAGUGAUCAUGACAACUCUCAAAAGCGCGUCUUCCAAAGUCAAUCCAGUGCCAAUGAUAGAAAGCGGCCACGGGUUGGGCCAUCCACGGGCCCACCGACUGGUCCGGUUGGGCCACCUCAAACUAGGACUGAGAUUGGGCCCUCUUCGUCACAAGCUCAUAGUCUAAAGGAGAUAGGACCUUCCCUCCCCUCUGAUAAGACGAUUGGACCAUCACCUCCACCUUAUCAACAACAAAACAAAGAAAUUGGACCCUCACUCCCUCCCAGAAAAGAUGACAUAUCAAUUGGGCCAUCGCUCCCGCCAGCAAAGGAAGACGAAUCAAUUGGGCCAUCGCUUCCUCUUACAAAAGAAGACAAGUAG